AUGGCGACUCUCGGAGGCUACCUCAACAAGAAAGUCCUGAUCGUGACGGCGGACUCGAGAAUCCUCGUGGGCACCUUGGAAGCCGCGGAUCAGUCCACCAACCUUGUGAGCUACCCCAAGACAAUCCCCUUCCCGUGCGACUGCUCCGAUCUAACACACAUUCGCGCCCAGGUCCUCAGCAAUGCCCAAGAGCGAGUGAUCCAGACCCCCGAGAGCGGAGAACCCUCUGUUCAAGUCCCCCUCGGCCUCUACCUUGUCCGAGGCGACAACGUCUGCACAAUCGGCCUGGUAGAUGAAGCACUAGACGACAGCAUCAACUGGACCGAGGUCAAGGGUUCCGCCAUUGGAGGCACCAAGCACGUAUGA